UCGAUUCCUCCACCUUCUUCCAGGGUAGGAGAGGAGGAGUAGGAAAGGAGGAGUAGGAGAGGAGGAGUAGCAAAAGUUUCUGGACGCAGCCACACUCUACAAAUCAUCUGCACACAUAGCUUUAACGAUCAGCAAACGCAGCCUAGCUCUGCAUCAAACAGGCGCUCCUAAAACGCAGACAAUAGCAGUGACUAAUGACAGCUGGCCUGCGCGAAUACCGUGCAUUCAGGAACGCGCUAUAACUAACGCCAAGCGUCCUUCUCCGGUUCGGGGAGCGUCUCUCCGGCGGUGUCGGGCUGCUGCUGCUGCUGCGGGUUUUUGACAGCUGCUGAGGAAAAUGAGGUUUUCCUCUAAACAGCUUUAAACGCGACACCUCGCCGCUGUUUCCCGCCUUCAGCUCAGCGCUGCCUGCUGACUGACCGCUCCGCCGCAGCAGCUGUAUGGAGAGUCGCGUGCUGGUUCUCCUGUUUAUUUUAGUAGUGUUUAUAUGUUUAAUAUUACCCGCCGACAGCAUGCUGCAGCUGGGGGACGGAAUCACCUGCUUCUCGGCCGUCUUCCUGGUGGUCCUGCUCGGAACCAGGAGCGCGGUGUGGUCCACGGGGCUCACGGCCUCCCUCUACCUCUUUCUGGUGCUGUUCCGAUUCCCACAGCUUCCAGUCUCUCGAGUAAAGCAAGUGCUGCGGCCGGGGGCCAGGCUCGCCCCCGGGGGGGUGUCUAUCGUGGCUCACCGCGGCGGAGGACACGAUGCUCCGGAGAACACAAUAGCUGCUAUUCGGGCGGCUAGCGCAAAUGGAGCAACAGGAGUGGAGCUGGAUUUGGAAUUCACUGCUGAUGGCGUUCCUAUACUAAUGCAUGAUGAAACUGUGGACCGGACAACCAACGGAUCAGGACCUCUUAGCAAACUGCGCUUCUCAGAAAUUGGCAAACUGGAUGCAGCAGCCAAGCACAGACUGAGUGACCGUUUCCGUGGUGAGAAGGUCCCGACUCUGCAGGAGGCAGUGGAGGAAUGCAUCAAACACCAGCUGACCAUCUAUUUUGAUGUCAAAGGUCAUGCAGAUGAGGCCGCUGCAGCUCUGAAGAAAUUGUAUCAGAAGCAUCCAGUUCUCUACAACUCCAGUAUAGUCUGCUCCUUUGAGCCAAAAGUCAUCUACAGGAUGCGGCAGGCUGAUCCAGAAGUUGUAACAGCACUGACGCACCGUCCAUGGAGUUUGAGUCGCUUUGGUGACGGAUCACCUCGCUUUACCUCAGCUUGGAAAUACCUGUGGAUGCAAGGGAUGGAUGUGCUUCUGGAUUGGGCACAUCAUCAUUUGCUGUGGAACUUGUGUGGCGUGUCUGCCUUUUUGCUGCAAAAAAACUACAUUUCCAUGGAUAUUGUCCAGUACUGGUCAGAGAGGGGUGUGGAGGUAGUGGCCUGGACAGUGAACACCGCUGUGGAGAAGCAGUACUACCAGCAUCUACUAAACAUCAACUACAUCACAGACAGUCUGACAGAGGACUGUGAGCAACACUACUGACCACUGCAGUGCCAAAAACACACACAUCAUACAGUCCUAAACAUGCACUGAACUACGCAAACAGCAUACCUUAACCAUGAAAAGUAACGCACACCUACACUAUAUGCCCAAACGUUCGUGAAAAACAAAAUUUCAAUAUAAUGAGUGAUACAACUGCAGUACCAUACCCUAUUCCUCAUAGGCAGCUUACGGAUCAUGGUUGUGAUGAUCUGAUUGCAAUCCACCACAUUAGAAAUGAAAAAUUAGAAAACAUAAGGUCUGUUAUGGAUGUUAGAUAUUUGUUCCGCCACUCCACCUUAUCCCAGAAUAACAGUUCCGAUCCUCCACAGCUCAAAUUCUGGAGGAUUAUAUUCGUAUUUCAUAUGCAUCAAUAGAUUCACCAUAAAGUAGCUGAAGUUACUUUUAAGAGAAUAUAUCCACAACCCUUCUGGCAUAUAUCGUUAUGGUCACAUUUAAACCAUGUAUCUCCAUUUUUGCAGUUUUCCACUUUUUGACAUCUGGUAGUUUUUACAUAAUUCAUAAAUAAAACAUGGUGAAUGGACCAAUAGAAAUGUUACAAAAGAAUCUAUUCUUAUUGAGGUCCAUUAAAAGAUAACCGGGUUUUCAUUUUCCUGUAAUGUUGCCAUUUUUGCAUAAUGAGGUGUUUGCGUUACAGUGAUGUAGAUUAGUAGAAAGAUUAGACAGAAAAAGUCUGUUGUCCUGCUGAACACAGCUGCUUUUCGUCUCAUACAGAGAAAGGUUCUCUACUCUUUGCCUUCUCAGCAGCAACUUGAAUAUUUUCAAGACAAAGAGUUGAUGGUUCUCUUUAAAAUGCUGUUGCUUUUAAAUGUAGUUAUAAGCAAUGCGGUGGCAGGCACCAUACGCAUCCAUAGAACUUCAGGCUGCCUGACUGAUGUGGUUUACGACCUAGUACUGAUGAUCUGAUAACGGGAUUCCAAAACACAUAAAAUAGAAUUUUAAACAUUUAUAGAAUUUAAAUGUACUGUAUAUACUGACUCAGGGGAGCACAUAUAUAUGUAUAAAAGAUAUGUUUAUAAUAACUGCUUUUAGUCAGUUUAGCAGUAAGAAGUGUAAGACUACAACUUUAUCCCCCCUUGAAAAAAAUUGGCAAAAAAUAAAAUGAACAUGACUGAUCUAGCUAAUAUUGACAACAAAGUUGCUAAAUAUUAACAUGAUAACAUAACAUAAUGUGUUAAAACACCAUUCUUUCAGUACAGACUACAUGGAUUGUUCUUGGAAUAAUUUGCAAUGAAAUCUACCCUGUUGCAAAUUCAGGCUCUAAUCCAAACAUACACAGCAGAUUACAUCUUAUUAAAUCAAUUCUGAUCUUCAUUAUCAGACUGAACCAACAGCAAUAACACUAGUCUCAGACUAGAUAACCUGGGAUCAGCUGCCAGGCCGUGUGAAUCAGCAGCUUUCGCUUUGGACUUUAAAGCGAGUGCUAUCUCCAGACUCUUCAUUUAUCAUUUAGAACACAUUAACAUGAGCUAGACGAUUUUUGUCUGGUUACAUUGGUGCAUUUUAGUACAACUGGAAAGGCAUUUCUUUCUUAGAAUAUUCUGAUGGGUGGGUUAAAGAUACAGACUGAGUGUAAAAGUAGCUCUAAAAGAAUUUGGAUAAUCACUAUUAGUUAUGUAGUGGUCUCUGUCUGUGCAGAAAAUCAGCUUUUAUAGUUUACUGUAGAUUACCAGAGACAUAGCCUACAUAUGCAUGUGUUAAUAAGUCUAAAAUGUACAAUCAGGCAAAUUCUGGAUACUUCUGUAAAGGUAAUUCAGAGUGGGUUUGGUGUAAAACUUUCCAUUCUAAAAAAAGGUGGGUAACUGAACUAGACAUCAGAAUAUUUUUAAUGCUUCUUGAUAGGGCUGCACAAUAUAAAUUUUUGCUGUUUCAUUCAAGGAAAAUUCACAUUGUUUUCGUAUUCAGUUAUAUAUCUACCAGAGACAUUUAUGUGCCCAAUAUCUUGGAUAAAAGCUAAGCUUGUAUCUCUUAAACUAAGCCACGUUAUAUUGUUACCACGGACUGUGUGAUUCAAAAUAACAGACCACUCAAUCCAAAGAUGAUAACACAAAAAGUCAAAUAAAAUAAUAAACAAAGUUAAGUUCAUUAUUAAAAGAAUAAAGAAUUUGAACAGAUUAAAUAAAAUAUUUUUAUUGCCACUGUUUUACCAUCAACAUUACAUAUAAAACUUUUUUUUUUUUUUUUUUUUAAGAAUAGCUACAAAUGGCUGUAUUUGUGUUAUGGUAAAAAAUGUUUUAGUAGAUCACACCAAACUCCACCUUGACUAUGACUGCUUACCUCUAAACACAGAAAUAUUGUAACAUUGAUGAAAUUGCCUUUAAGAACCUAAUUCAUUAUACAUCGGAAUGUGUUGGAAAGAACAAAUAAAGGGUGUUGAAUAA